GAGGGAAGAUGGCGGCGGAGGUGGCCGCUGCUGCUGCUGAAGAAGGAGAAGCGGUGGCGGCAGCAGCAGCAACGGAGGCAGAGGGGCCGCAGUGGGCGGCGGCGCUGAACCGUUGCCGCCUUCAGAAGCGAAGCUGAGGAAGGAGAAGGAGGAGAAGAAGAAGGAGAGGAAGGCAGUGGCAAGAUGAAGUUCGCCGAGCACCUCUCCGCUCACAUCACCCCGGAGUGGAGGAAGCAGUACAUCCAGUAUGAGGCUUUCAAAGAGAUGCUGUAUGCAGCUCAGGACCAGGCCCCUUCCAUAGAAGUCACAGAUGAAGACACAGUGAAGAGGUAUUUUGCCAAGUUUGAAGAAAAAUUCUUUCAAACAUGCGAGAAGGAACUUGCCAAAAUAAACACAUUUUAUUCGGAAAAACUUGCAGAAGCUCAGCGUAGGUUUGCUACACUGCAGAAUGAAUUGCAGUCAACGUUGGAUGCACAGAAAGAAACCAGUGGUCUUACUACUCUGCGGCAACGUAGAAAGCCAGUCUUCCACCUGUCCCAUGAGGAGCGUGUUCAGCACAGGAACAUCAGAGAUCUAAAACUGGCCUUCAGUGAGUUCUACCUCAGCCUCAUCCUACUGCAAAACUAUCAGAAUCUAAACUUCACAGGAUUCCGUAAAAUCCUAAAGAAACAUGACAAGAUCCUGGAGACGCCCCGAGGUGCAGAUUGGAGAGUGGCUCAUGUUGAAGUGGCACCAUUCUAUACUUGCAAGAAAAUCAACCAGCUCAUCUCUGAAACAGAGACUGUGGUGACCAAUGAGUUGGAAGAUGGAGACCGUCAGAAAGCCAUGAAGCGGUUGCGUGUCCCACCACUUGGAGCAGCACAGCCUGCACCAGCAUGGACUACUUUCAGGGUUGGUUUGUUCUGUGGAAUAUUAAUUGUGCUGAAUGUUACCCUCAUACUUUCAGGUGUGUUUAAAAUGAAAGGAUCAACAGUCUGGCCACUCAUAAGAAUCUAUCGAGGUGGCUUUCUCCUUAUAGAAUUCCUUUUUCUACUUGGCAUUAAUACAUAUGGCUGGAGACAAGCUGGCGUGAAUCAUGUCCUCAUCUUUGAACUCAAUCCCCGCAGUAAUUUGUCCCAUCAGCAUCUCUUUGAGGUUGCUGGAUUUCUUGGGACAUUGUGGUGCCUGAGCCUGCUGGCAUGUAUAUAUGGUCAAGAUACUGAUUUUCCUAUACAGACAAACCCACUUAUCUUAUAUGGAUUUAUGUUGCUGUUUCUCAUAAACCCUACAAAAACGUUCUACUACAAAUCUCGUUUUUGGCUGCUCAAACUCUUGUUCCGGGUGUUCACCGCCCCUUUCCACAAGGUGGGCUUUGCAGAUUUCUGGCUCGCUGACCAGCUUAACAGUCUGGCUGUGAUACUUAUGGAUCUCGAAUACAUGAUUUGUUUCUAUAGCUUUGAGCUCCAGUGGACAGCAAAAAAUGCAUUGCUGGAAAAUCCAGAAAAUCAGGUCUGCAACACCUACGCCUAUGGUGUGCGAGCAGUUGUUCAGUGCAUUCCUGCUUGGUUAAGAUUUGUCCAGUGCCUGCGCCGAUAUCGUGACACCAAACGGGCCUUUCCCCACCUGGUUAAUGCUGGCAAAUACUCUACCACGUUCUUCAUGGUGACAUUUGCAGCCCUCUACAGCACCCACAAAGCGCACGACCAUGGUGACACCACAGUGUUCUUCUACCUGUGGAUCGUCUUCUAUUUUAUCAGCUCCUGCUACACCCUUAUCUGGGAUUUGAAGAUGGACUGGGGCCUCUUUGAUAAGAAUGCUGGUGAAAAUACUUUCCUGCGGGAAGAGAUUGUGUAUCCUCAAAAAGCCUAUUACUAUUGUGCCAUUGUAGAGGAUGUGAUUUUGCGAUUUGCAUGGACUAUCCAGAUCUCUCUCACUGCCAUGAAAAUCCACCCUCAUGCUGGGGACAUCAUUGCUACAGUGUUCGCCCCACUUGAGGUUUUCCGGCGGUUUGUGUGGAAUUUCUUCCGACUGGAGAAUAGCACCUGAACAACUGUGGUGAAUUCCGAGCUGUCGGACAUCUCAGUAGCACCACUAAAUGCAGAUGAUCAAACCCUGCUUGAACAGA